CUACACAAUACACAGUGCUACAGGAGCCCUGGGAGAUGUGCUCCAGCAGAGCUGGUGAGGAGGCAUGCCCAGGAGUCCAGAGCACAGGGAAGGAAAAGGCUGAGAGGCCCAAUAAAAACUCCUUUGGAUCAUGCCAACCCAGGAGGCUCUUUCCUCACUUCUAUCCCCCAAACCGGAUGGGGAACGACUUUCUCCCUCUUAGGGGAUUUCCUGACACAGGGCCUGGAAGUUACAUGACAGAUUCCUAUGGCUUGGCAUACAACUUAACCAAGAUUCCAACCAGUACAAAAGGAUAUACUCUUGGAGCCAGAACAGCUAUGAGGUUUAAGCCAGUCAACAAGGAAUCGACACUUCACCCAGGCAAGUACCAGAGAGUAGAGAAUUGGAAGGAAAAAACAAAGCAAAGUUUUGUUCCAUUUAAUGCCUUCAUGCCUCGAUUUCAGAGCUAUUCAAAAGACAAUUUCCCUGGCCCUGGUGCAUACAACCCAGAGAAGAAACCACUUCCAAAAGUUACUUGGCCAAUGAAAUUUGGAUCUCCAGAUUGGGCUCAGGUUCCAAGUCUACAGAAAAGAACUCUAAAAGCUGAGCUGUCCACAGACAAAGAAUUUAGAAAGCAUCGGAACCGAGUUGCUUACUUAAGCCUGUUUUACGAUUGAGAAGUGAUCACUUCCUUCACAUGCUUCUCCUGAUCACAGACUCUUCAGCAUAGAGGACAGAGCUGCUCUUGGUCUCAUCACCACGGCCCUCAUGUCUUUCAGCCCCGGGCCCAGAAUGUGUUAAGACUGAGAUUUGUGAGCAUAAAACCUGGUUCCAAGUGUU